AUGCCGAACCCCGCAGCAGUGGAACUGCAGCUCUCCCCAUCCUGCUACAACUGCCUAUCAUGGUCCGCAGACGGCGAGCUGGCCAUGGCAGCCGGUGAAUACGUCCAAAUCCUAACUCCCCAACUCGCGACCCAAGAAGGUAAAGAAGGCUCAAGCCUCCCAGGCAAAGCCAACACCUGGCACGUCACGCGCAUCCGCGUCAAUCUCUUCGCCAACAAAGAGUGGCCGACCAUCUUCCCGCAGAAAAACGAGCACUUCUCCAUCGGGCCCGAGCAGUCCCUCAGCACAGUCGUCGGACUAUCAUGGUCGCCGCCGGGCCUGGCUCGGUACCGACGGUGUGCGCUAGCCGUGCUAACGUCUAAUUUGCUGCUCUCGCUGUACGAGGCCGGCGCGAAGGGGAAGUGGAAGCGCGUUGCGAUAGUUAACGCUGCGCUGAAGCCGGAAUUUCAGUCUUUUGUCAAGGAUGCGGGGCUCUGUUUACGGAAGACGUAUAUUCGCUCGUUUGCGUGGGCUCCGCCGUUGAAGGUGUCGCGGGAUCCGGAGGGAGCUGCGUAUUCUGUUCCUGGGCCCGAGGCAAGAUGGGGGGUUCAGGUGUUGGCUGUCACUAAUGAUGAUAAUGAUUUGAUGUGUUUACAGGUACGACGGUCGAAGGGGGAGGGCGGGGGAGAGGAUGGGUAUUCUGUUAAGAUGUUGGGGCUUAGCUCGCUGCAUGAUGCGGAGGCGAGUGAUGAGCUGAUUCAGAGCGGUUCGCUUUUUUCUGCUGCUCUCAGGUCGCGGGUCAGAGCAUUGCAUACGGCGUUUGGACCGUGGGUUUAUCGGCCUUUGGAUGGGGGGGAUGGUGAGGGUGCUGUUUGCUCUGCGACUGCGAAUAUAGCGGUGCUGUACGGCUCGAAAGUGAAGGUUUUCAAGUUGGAUGUGACAUUGGCGGGGGAUGAGAAAUCUGACCCAGAGUGGGGAUACAGCUCAUCGGCUGUCUCGACUGAGAAUGCCCUUCUGUACGGUGAACAGGUCAAUGCUUGCCAGUACACUGGACCUUUGCGGUGGAUACACUCGGAUGAAUCUCGUUGUAUGCACCUUGCUGCGGGUGCCAUGGCGAAGGUUGUCACUCUUUCUUUCCCACGGGAGGCAUAUGCUGGAACCGCGACAUCCGGUGAUGUACAGGUCCGAGAGUGGCCGCUCGCCGAUGAAGGGACAGGAGAACACAGCGAGUCAAGGAGCUGGGAGCCAAUUAGUGGCAUGAUCACCACCUUUGACGAGUCCACCAAACUGUCUACCCUACAUAUCGGAACAGUGGGAGGAUUAUCCGCCAUGACCGAGUUUGGAGACGCCCCCGACGAAGAACCGCUACACUCCCCACUCUGGAAAAAUCAACUAGAUGAUGUCCGGGAGCGAUUCGACCUUGACUGUGACCUCGGCGGCUUAGCCAUUGCCAGGGUCUGGGGCCUCGCAUCUCACCGCGGACUCGCCGCGGCAGCGAUCACCCUGCAUCCCGGGGACAUGGUAGACUACCGCACGACGUCAGGGGAACGUACGUCAAUCGUGUUCUCCCCAGCAAGUCUGCACUCUCCCAACAACGAGCUAUCAAUCAGCGGACAGACCCCAAUUGACCUUUCACCUGAAUUCCUACAAGCAAAGCGAGAGACUGUCCUGGGGUCCAUACUCUUCUCCUUCGACAACGACACCAACACCUUCCCCUGGAGUCAAAGCCUCCUCUACGCAGCAGCAUGCUGCACAGCCGUGGGGUCCCGCAACCAAGACCUCCUCUCGCAAGCCAAACACACGCUGGAAUGGCUAGCCGCCGCAGCAGAGGUCGACCUGACAGAUGAAAUAUCGACAUGCUCUACCCCCGGAGGGAAAAUCAAAGCAAGGUCCACAGAGCAGCUCGAUGAGUCAGAUAAUACUAUGUUCGAAGUAUGCACUAUAUGCGAUGCAGGCAUUGGGUGGCAUUCGCCGCAGGAAGCACAGUGCGCUAGUGGGCAUCUUUUCGUCCGAUGUGGCCUCACCUUCAAGGCUAUCCAAGAGCCAGGGCUAUCGAAAUUCUGUUCCCUGUGCGGAGCAGAGUAUCUCAGCGAAGAUAUGCUCGACGAGGGGAGCGAAUUCGCAGGCGAGUGCCGGAGGCUGGCUACUGUGUUUGACACGUGCGUUUACUGCCAGGGGAAGUUCCUUGCUUAGGUCUAUCUUUCUCUCUUCUUUUACAU